AGAAAUAAAUUCAGAAAAAUUAAUUGAAAAUACAGAGAGAGAAGACGAACGUGUAAUAAAGAAGAAAAGAACUCGAAGCAAAACCAUAAGUCCAUAACUUAUUCCCAAUUACCAUUUAAUUUUUUCCUUUAUUUGCACAACAAUUCUCUUACCCUUCUGAUAAUAAUGCUUUCUCCAAUCCAGAUUUGUAUCAAAUUACAAUUUUAUUGAUUAUUUAUUUUGUAUAUACAAAUCUUUUUUUUUCCUCCAAUUUCUUCCUCUGCAUAAGAUGCACAAAAGGUUGCUUCAAUUCUUGCAUUCUCCGUCUGGGAACGCAUCAAGGUUGAGUCUUUGAGGUGAUAGAGCAAAGAGUAGUGGAAAUAGGCGAAAACCCACAAAAAUUUUGGUGAAAAAUUAUCAUGGAAGAUUUAUGUGAAGUGCAUUCUGAAGACGAUAAAGGUCACCCUGAGAAAAACAAGAAAAGAAUAAUCAAGACACGUGCUCAGGUCGAAGCUCUAGAGAAACUUUAUGAGGAACACAAGUACCCUACCGAUGAGAUGAAAGCUGAUCUGGCAGAGUCAUCGGGAUUAACAGAAAAGCAAAUUUCUGGUUGGUUUUGUCAUAGGCGGUUGAAGGACAAGAGGCUGUCAAACGGGGAAAGAUAUGCAAAUGGAAGACAAGAUCGUUCAAGUGGCGUCAUUCAGGACCAUGGCAGUGGAUUUAGGCAGGAUUCUUGUGGUAGCACUAAGCAAGCGGAUGAUAAGAGAUUUGAUCAUCGGGAAGUUGAGAGUAGAAGAUUAACUGGCCCAGAAUUCUCAACUGCAGAUGUGACAUAUGAGGUUGGCACUCAUUUUAGAGGGAAGUCUAAUCCCAUGGAUGACGCAUCUUCAAGAAGUAGCUCUUCGUUAAGGAAUGAAUGUUUUUCACACAAUGCAGAAUCAUAUGAUAUAGCAACUUCGAGAUACAUAUCACAGAAUUUGCCUGCUGACUUUAAGGGUGUAAAACCAAAGAAUGGCCCAUCUGGCUAUUUAAAAGUAAAGGGUCAGGUAGAGAACGCUGCAAUUACUGCUGUGAAGAGGCAAUUGGGGAGGCACUAUCGGCUGGAUGGUCCAGCACUUGGUGUUGAGUUUGAUCCACUUCCACCUGGUGCUUUUGAAUCAUCAGUGCCAAAUCCUGUCAAUGACCCUUAUUAUUCUACAGAACCUGUUCCAGAUUGCUCACCAGAUAUGUCCAACGUCUGCAGGCGGUCAAAUGGACACAGAUCCAAUUCCAAGUCCAACUCGCAUGAUUCUGAUCUGGAUGGUUUGAGCUUCAAAAGAAAAACCAAUUCCGCUCAUCCUGAAUAUCACUUCAACCUAAAGCCUAAGCCGAAUUUCUCUGAGCAUAAUGAAUAUCCUAAGUGGAACUCAUCAUUAGACACGUAUGAAGGCUCUGCAAGAAAAAUUGCAGUUGACAGCAGAGACAGCUGUAAGUUUAUGCCCAAACAUGGACGUGCAGAAAUUAGAGCUAUUACUGGUUCGAGCAAUGGUCUUCGAAAUCCUUACGUUGGAAAAGUCAACGGGGAGCAAUUGAAACCUCGGUUUAGUAGCCACAGUGAAGUGAGCCUUAAGGCUGUUGAGAAGGAACAUUCUGAUCACAAGCCUUCUGAUUAUAAGGGAAUUAACUAUCAUAAUUUUGAGGGGAGAGAGCUCCCCAAAAUAGUGGAAAAGGAUCAAAUCAGUGGAAAAAGGACAGCAGUUGACGAAAACCAUGAUCUAGUUCGUGUGAAGGUUCCCCGGCACAAUGAAACAAGAGUUGUACAUCGUCCAAUGGAUGAAGUCCCUGACCAUCAAGAAUACUUGAGGAGAGCUCCUGCCUUAGAAAUUCCGCUGCAGACAAAUCACCGGAUAAGGACUGCUGCAGAGAUGCGCCGUAGCUUUAGCGAAGAUGAAGAAACAGAAGAAUCGAGUUCCUUUGACGAUUAAAAGAUUUGAUUUUGACUGAAGGAAAGUAACAGGUCCAUUAGUUAGGGAUAUUUGUUGGAUUUCUGUGUCGAUAGGACUCCUUCGGAUUUGUACAGUUGAAGUAUUUCAUCAUGUGAAGAGAUCCUUCAGGGCUUGUAUAGUUCAAAAUAUUUGUAUCCCAUUUUGUAGGUUGAUGCUGAAAUAGGAAUACUGCGAGUAAUAUAUAUUGUCAAUUGUCAUUUAGCUUAAAGUAAGGUACUUCUGUUAUACAGAAGAGGAGAUCAUUUCUCUA